AAUGCUAGGAGCAAGUGCCAAGUGGGAAAGAACGCUCCGCCAGUGAACAACAACUUGCGACCGAUGCGCCUCCACGUCGGACAAUACGCAGCCCUGCUGACAGCCAGCAUUGCCUCUCUCCUCGCGGGCUCCACGACCAUGCACAUGAUCCUCAAGCCCGACCUCACGAUUCCGGAACUGCCGGCGGACAAGACCAAGCUAUGA